AUGGCUGGACGUUAUGAGCGGGUAAACGCCCAAGACGAGGACGACUUCAAUAGCCCCAACUCCGCACCGCCAAGUCACGCGCAAACAGUGCCAAACUCUCCACCCCCGUCCUUUCACUCGAGAGCAUCAUCGCGCGAUCGUGCCGCCCAUGGUGUUGACUCUACCCUCGCCGACGCAUUCGAUACCGAUGGAGACGAAAGCGAUGACGACGCCGACGACAGGCAAAGAUUAGUCCGCGCCGACUCCACCCUGACCUCCCGCGACACGUCCCGCACCGUUUCCUCCGAGUCAAGACCCCAGCCCGAUAGGCAGGUCACCCAGCUUCCUCCCACCACUGCAUCGGCAGCAGCAGGCGGACCUACGACGCCAUUCCGCAUUUACGGCAGCGGUAUCCAGAAUGAGGGUGUCUUUUCCAACUUGACGGCGAAGCCUGAGCGGGGAGGCGAGACGAAGGAGGAGCAACCUCCGACGUAUGAACAAGCCGCUGCUGAUGCUGCACCCCCCUACUGGGAGACGACUAUCCUAGCCCCAGGCCUCGGCGGACCCGACGAAGUCUACAUUGAUGGAAUGCCCGUCGGAUCUCUUUUCAGUUUUGUCUGGAACGGCAUGAUUUCCAUGUCCUUCCAGGUUGUCGGCUUCAUCCUCACAUACCUCCUCCACUCGACUCACGCGGCCAAGAACGGUUCCCGUGCCGGUCUGGGCAUUACGUUAAUUCAGUACGGUUUCUAUAUGAAGGGCACAACGGAAGGCGACCACCCGCCCAAGAUGAACGGCCAAGACGGAUACGCGGCACCGCCGGACCCGAACUCUCACAGCUUCGACCCCAACGCGGUUACGGGAGAGGGCGGCGGUGGUGUUUCGGACAUUACCGGACAGGAGUGGAUUGCGUACAUUUUGAUGGUUGUCGGAUGGUUCGUCCUCAUUAGGUCUGUUAGCGACUACCUGAAGGCACGGCGUCACGAGCAGCUCGUUUUGCAGAGCCCCGACCGUGGACUGCCUGUGCCCAUCAUCGCAGAUGGCGAGUCGUCCGAGAGAGUGGUAUAG